AUGUCUUACAACCGUACUUGCUUCAACUGCGGCCAGCCCGGCCACAACGCCGCUGCCUGCCCCACCGCCGGCAACCCCUCUUGCUACAACUGUGGCCAGCAGGGUCACAUCUCCUCCCAGUGCGGCAUGGAGGCCCAGCCCAAGACUUGCUACAAGUGCAACGAGACCGGCCACAUUAGCCGUGACUGCCCCUCCAACCCUGCCCCCGCUGCUGGUGGCCCCGGUGGCGAGUGCUACAAGUGCGGCCAGCACGGCCACAUCGCCCGUGCCUGCCCCACUGCCGGCGGCAGCACCCGUGGCGGUUUCGGCGGUGCCGCUCGUGGCGGCCGAAGCUGCUACAACUGCGGCGGUGUCGGUCACCUUUCCCGCGACUGCACCUCGGCCCCCGGCGCUGGUGCCGGCGCUGGCGGUCAGCGCUGCUACAACUGCAACGAGUCCGGCCACAUCAGCCGCGAGUGCCCCAAGCCUCAGACCAAGAGCUGUUACCGCUGCGGUGAGGAGGGCCACAUCUCGUCGGCCUGCCCCCAGGUUGCUGCUUAA